UCGAAAACGAAACAAGGGACACAAAAAUAAAGCAUUUAUAAACAUGGCUGAGGGUGUUGAUUUGGCUUCAAUAAAAGAUGGCUCGGAUGCUGACUUUGUGUACACGUGUACACCAUGUGGGGAAGAUAAUGUCAGAGAAGAAGCUGUCAAGUAUUGCCCCGUAUGUGAGGAAUAUCUGUGUUCUACAUGUACCCGACAUCAUGGUCGACAAAAAGCUACACGGUCACAUGUGUUAAUAGAUUGUGAUGUUUCAACAAAAGGGUCAACGGUAACCAUGGUUACCAAGUGUCGUUACCAUCCAGAUCGUGACAUUGAAAUGUUCUGUGGAGAACAUGACAUGGUGUAUUGCACGAAAUGUAUUGCCAAAGAUCACAGAUCUUGCAGAGGAGUAUCAGAUUUAGAAGAAGUUACUAUUUCUUCCAACCAGCAAAAUGAAUUUGAGCGAAAAACUUCCAAUAUGGGAAACAUUCAGGCGCGUUUAGAGGAAACUGAACGGAAGAUGCAGACAAACACCGAUAACGUUGAGAAGCAAAGAAGUGACGUAAUUUCACAGGUAGAGGCAAUUGAAAGGGACUUGGUAGAACAUAUUCAGAAGUUGAAGCAUGAAGCAUUGGAAGCUCUGGAGACAGAAUAUUCUUUGGUUAAAGAGGAUCUGAGAACAAAUAUCUCUCAAAUAAGUAAACUUAAACAACAAAUUGAGAAAACAACUAGCCAGCUACAGACAGUCCAUAAUCUUAAUAUAAGAGAACAAUUUGUUCAGACAAAACUGAUACAACAAACUGUAAACGAUGCAAUGAAAGUGAUUGAACAAAGCGAGGAUAAAGGUCGUGUGUGUUUACGUUUUACAGAGAAUACAGAAUUAAAGUCUUCUAUCGCAACAUUAAUAUGUCUAGGGCGUGUACAGAGAGUAAUAGAGAAGAACAGUCUAUUAACAUCAAAAAUAUAUAAAGUAAGUUCACGGAAGGAGAUUAAUAUGAAGAUGACAAAUGACCGUCAUGAAUGCUACAUUAAUGAUAUAUGUCAGCUUGCAGACGGUACAAUCAUACUGGCUGACUAUUAUAAUGACAGGAUAAAGAGGCUUGAUGUGAAUUAUAACAUUAAAGAUUGUUUGGAUCUAGAAUCAUAUCCUAGAGGUAUCUGUUGUACUGGUAAUACUGAGGUCGCUGUGAAACUUGUCGACAACAAAGUUUGGUUUAUAUCAGUAGGAAACUCGUUAUCUAAGGUGAGAGAUAUAUCUGUUACAGGUGGAGGUUACAACGGAAUGACAUAUUGUGAUGGAGAGUUGUGGGUAUCUUAUGUAAAUGGUGUAAAUGUAUACAGUAUGACUGGUACAUUAAUAAAGACUAUCAGUAUUGAGGUUAAUGGCCAACGCAUAUGUAAAUCAAAUACACAACAAAAUGUUGUCAGUGGAGAUACUGUUUUUGUAACAGAUUUUAGUGAUGGUGCCGUCUGUCUGAACAGAGAUGGUACUGUGAAGAGAGAACUGAGAGAUAAAAGGCUUGCCACCACACGUGGUGUAUGUGUAGCCGAUGAGGGGACUGUGUUUAUUUCUGGUUUUAGUUCACACAACAUCAUAAUGUUUGAUAGAGAUGGUAAAUGUCUGGGCGAAUUAGUUUAUAAUCAAGGUGGUCUUAAGAAGCCAUUGGCUAUGUGCUAUGACACAAAGAAAACCUGUGUAUUAGUUUCGUCCCUUUCAUCGGAAAAAUUAGUUGUUUUGAAUUUCUCUCAUUAAACAAAGAAAAUAGAAAGAAUUUAGCAAUACUCUUUACUGCAGGAAAUUCAUGUUUAUAUCAUAUUAGCUAAUGGAGUAUGAUGAAACAAUAGUGUAUAUCAGUUUAUAAUGAAUCAUAUACAUUGUGUAUCUAAGAAAUAUCAGUCCGGCAAAAAAUGUAAUGAUUUCUAUAUUGUUGAACUUGCUUAAUAUAUCAAUAUAAUUAUAAAGACACAAAUCGUGUAGACAAUUUAACAUAAAUAUAAUAGAGAAAAUGUAUAUUUUUAACGACUAAGGGAUAUCUUUGUGAUGAAUAGAAAAAUGUGCCAACGUACUUGUAAAAUGUCAACUUUUAAAACAAUAAUUGUGUAUUGUAACUUUCUUCUCUAAUUAUAUAAUGAACAUAUUUUCAGUGUAGCUUUUUAGGUGAAUUGUUUUUAUAGCCGACAAGUCUCUUAUUAAUCUGCAAUAUAUUCUGUAUAAUGUAUUACGAAAUGCUGAUUUAUACAUAAUUAUUUGUAUAUACAUGAGGCUGAAAUAAAUAUAUAUGAAAAUACCCUUCUUCUAUAAGCACUGGCACCUAUGAAAAUAGGUGUCCUUUCCCCCUUGGGCGUAAACAUUGCUUACCUUUAGUACUGGUGAAUCCAAAAACAGGUAAGAGAGUUUGUCUAUAAGUUUAUAGACUCAUAAACAAUCAAACAAGAAUAUUUCUGUAUAAAUUGAUAAAGGUAAUAAUUUUAUAAAAAAAAUCUAAUACUUGGUCAUAUAACUGUGCCUUGGUUAUUGAGCAGAAACACACAUGUCUACUAACGAAAUGUACAUGUACCAACCUUUUAGAAGUGGGUGUUUUUAUACAAUAAUUGGUGAUAAAAAUAUAAGAAAUUAAAACGUAAUUUUAUCAUGUUUUAUUUUCAUUCAAUAGUAAGGAUAAACAAAUUAAUUUGUCAGGUAAAAUAAACACUCACAAUGCUAUGAGAUGACUAUCAGUCUAACAUUUAUUUGAUCUUAGCACAAAAUAUAUAUGCAUGUACCCAAAGAAUUUAAUCAGUUUAAAUUUAUGUAAUCACAAAAUCAAAUAUACAUUUGAAAUAAAUACACCAUAUUUUAUACUGUUAUGAAUUAUA